AUGGCGAGUAUGGUGGCAACUAGCUUGACCGCUGGUGGUGCUAGUGGUAUCGCCCGAGGUGAUACCAUUGGGGUUGUGUGGUUCAAGUGCACAGACCUGCGGUUGGAAGAUCACGAGCCUCUUGCCUUGGCUCACAGGAACAGCUCGCACGUAGCUCACGUUUUCUGCAUCGACGAUCGAUGGUUUGGGCACAGCAGGCGUGGAACGCGAAGGAUGUCCGCGGCGCGCUGCCGCUUCCUCCUCGAAAGCGUCGCCGACCUGCAAACCCGCCUUAGAGCGAAAGGGUCCGACCUGUUGAUACGGCGUGGGCACCCCGAGAACGCCAUCCCGGCCGUCGCCGCAAGGCUGGGAAGCGGGGCUUCAGCGGUGACCGUCUACGCUCACCCCGACCUUUGUUCCGAGGAGAACGACGUGCACGCGGCCGUCAAGUCGGCGUUGUCACUGGUAGGGUCUGCGGGCGGUGUUGGUGGCGAUGCAACUGGUGUGUCCGUGACGGAGGUGUGGGGCAACACGUUGCACGAUCCUUCCGACCUGCCGUACGAUUUUCCGAACGGCUUGCCGGAGGUAUUUACGCCGUUUCGGAAAGCCGUGGAGCCAAAUUGCAAGAUACGAUCGCCGGUGCCCCUGCCAAGCCCUUUCCGCCCCCUUCCCGCGGGCCUGCACGACAACGCCGUCACCCCAACCCUAACCGUAGCGAUCCCCACGACGGAAGAGCUGGGCCUCGGCACGGCGCCCGAGCGAGACGCCAGGUCCGUGCUUCACUUUAUCGGGGGCGAGACGGCGGGGCUCAGGCGCGUCCAAACGUAUAUCUGGGAGGAGGAUCACCUGCGCGAGUACAAGGUGACCCGCAACGGCCUGCUCGGGGGCGGCUUCUCGUCCAAGUUCUCGCCGUGGCUGGCCCUUGGGUGCCUCUCCCCCAGGACGAUCGUCAAGGAGAUCAGGAAGUACGAGACGGACCGAAUCGCGAACGACUCCACCUACUGGCUCAUCUUCGAGCUCCUCGUGAGGGACUUCUUUCGCUACAGCGCCGUCAAGUACGGCAAUGCCAUCUUCCACCUGGGUGGCUCGCGACGCGACUCCGACAGGCAGACUUGGCGGGACGACGCUGGCCUCUUGGCGGCUUGGAAGGAGGGCAGGACUGGGUACCCGUUCGUCGACGCCAACAUGCGGGAGCUCAAGGCCUCCGGGUUUAUGUCCAACAGGGGGCGACAGGUGGUGGCGAGUUUUUUCACGAAGGAUCUCGAGAUGGACUGGAGGCUAGGGGCGGAGCACUUCGAAGAGUACCUCUUGGACUACGACCCGGCGUCCAACUACGGAAACUGGAACUACGUGGCCGGCGUUGGCUUCGAUCCUCGAGAGGAUCGCUAUUUUAGCGUCGAAAAGCAGGCGAGGACGUACGAUGCCGACGGCGACUACGUGCGACACUGGUUGCCGGAACUAGCCAUGCUAACAACGGAAGCUCUCCAGUCUGCCGGGGGAAUCACGGCAACACUGAGGGAAGUACACUCGGUACCGACGAGUGUCUACCCCGACCCUGUCGUCCCGCUCAAGUUUAUGAUGCCCAAAGAAGGCAAGGGUACAACUGGGAGGGCCGGCGGUAAGGGUGGUGCAACGGGCGGCAAGAAGAGUGCAAGGAAGGUGGACAAAUAAAACCUGACGCGAGGCGGGUGGCAAGUUGAACAGUGGGAAACCUGCGGUUGGAAGAUGUGGUGGUGGCGGCGGUGGUGGAGAGGAGGAGGCAGACACAAGUUUAGUACUGCUGUGGUAUGCGAGUGCAUGUAUGUGUAGAUGGGGCUGGCACGUCCACAGCCCUUCCGUGGCAUCCCACCGCCAACAAAAAAUGCUGUGCUGUAGAGUAUAGAUAGAUAGAAUAUGCAGUCUCGCUGCAGCAAGAUGAUAUGCAACGUGUUUUUGUGCGUUAGACCAACUACCGGAUGUAUGUAUGUACGUAGUCUGGCAUGCAGUCGCCGGGCCAAAAUUGGACAGAGAGAGCC